UCCCCUACCCCCCCUAUAUUCUCCCUCCGCCGUCAGGGCAUCUCUCUACGUUUUGGACUGAAGGACCCUCUUAAGGAAAAACAAAAAAAGCCCCGGCGAGAAAAGUUUCACCUCCGGCGGGCAUCAUGUUAAUGGAAAACAGGAUCCACUUGGAGCUAAGAAACAAGACACCGUCUGAAGUACGAGAACUCGUCCUCGACAACUGCCAAACGGCCGAAGGGAAUACCGAAGGCCUCACAGAUGAGUUUGUCAACUUGGUUUUCCUCAGUUUGAUAGAUGUCGGCUUAUCAUCCAUCUCCAAUAUACCCAGACUAGAAAAACUCAAAAAGCUGGAAUUGAGCGAGAACAAAAUCAGCGGUGGCCUGGAGGUCUUGGCACAGAAACUCCCCAACCUCACACAUCUAAAUCUGAGCGGCAACAAAUUGAAAGAGAUCAGCACAUUGGAACCGCUGAAAAAGCUGAAACACCUGAAAAGUUUGGACCUGUUCAAUUGCGAAGUGACCAACAUGAACGACUAUAAGGAGAGCGUGUUCAAACUGCUGCCCCAGCUUACCUAUCUGGACGGGUUUGACUGCGAGGACAAGGAGGCUUCCGAUUCCGAUAUAGAGGUGGACGACGACGAUGACGAAGAGGGCGAGGGAGAGGACGAGGAAGACGAGGACGGAGAGGACGAUGACCUUGACGAGGAGGAUGACGACGAAGACGACGAGGAAGAGGUCGAGGGAGAGGAAGACGACGAAGAGGUCAGCGGAGAAGACGAGGAAGAAGAUUAUGGGCUGGAUGGAGAAGUAGAUGAUGAAGAGGAAGAUGAGGAAGAAGACGAUGAAGAUACGGCGGCCGGCAAAGGCGAGAAGAGAAAGCGAGACCCAGACGACGAAGAUGAGGACGAGGACGAGGACGAGGACGACUAAAAAGCAAGAGGAGUGCGUUUAGCCACUUCCUCCCCCGCCCUCGUACCAACCCGAACGUCCGACCUCCUUCAACUUGCGAUCCCCCCACCCACCCUUCUCCCUUUGCCCCCCCCCCCCCAGGCUCCGACCUCUUUUUCUGGGCCAAGACUGUACUGGAUGGGUGGUUCGCGUGGACCAACCGCCACCAGCACCCUCCCACCAAACAACUUUUUUUACCUACCUACCUACCUACCGCCUCCUCCCGGCUCUCCCCCAUGGACCUGAGAGCCCCCCCUCGCCCCCGGUACCCCACCCCGCAACAGCCCUGGGGUUCUCAGGCAGCCUUGUCACUCAGCAUUCCACAAUUUCACUGUCGAUCCCGCUUUAUGUAUCCCGUGUGAGGACUUUGGGACUGGUCUAGUUUUUGGUUCUGUGCUUUUAAUAUUCUGUUGACUGAAAAAAAAAAUUUUUUUUUUUUUUUUUGUUUGGCUUCAUUAUUUCUUUUUGUUUUUGUGUUUGUUUCCUUUCGCCCCUCUCAACUACCACCACCCCCAAUAAAAUUAUUGCUAUAGCAGCCGUGCAGCCAGUGAGCCAUGCGGAUUUUUUUGUUUUUGGGCCUGGCCACCUGUUGCACAAAUCAUGGUUGUAGCGACAUUUUUACUUUCUGUAUGACAAGAAAACAACUUUGUAAAUAAAAUGUUAACAUUU